UAUUGCGUGAUGUACAUUCACAGGUCACAAUUCAGGAGCUCUACAUGAUUUAAAUGGCACAUACAAAGUCCUUUUAAGGAAUAUUUUUUUCCCUUCUACAUCAUGCAUGAUGCAGUUUUUCUUCUGAUCUGUGGAUUGAAGUCUCCCAAAACAAUAGCUUUGUUGCCACCCAGUCAUGGUUCGAGGCCAAACCGGACUGGACCUGUCCUCAGACAAAAAAGUUGAUCCCGGUUAUCUUUUAGACCAAAUUUUAGAUUGAUGCUUAGCCUGGUCGAGUCUGGUCUUUGUGCAGCCCUAUUUGGUGGACCAAGUCUGGUCAAGCUCCACCUUGGGUUGCUACUAGACUAGAUUGGACCACAGAUUGCCUAACCUAGCCCGUCUAUGAAACAGACUAGACUUCAGGAUAGACUCUAGUUCGGUCUGGUCGCUCUAUCCAUUGUGCGGCCCUACUUUGGGUUAGGCUCUGAUCUAGUCCAGAUUGUGUUGGGCAGCCCUAAUAAGCAAUGUCUAUCUUGUCCUUAUUAUCAUUAUUAAACAAUGUCAUGCUUUUUUCAUUACUCAUUUAAAAUGAUGGUUACUGACAAUUUUUUUUUUCCUAUUCAAUUUUCAUUCUUUUACUUGAUGUGUACCAAAUGACCCGUGAGUGAACAAGACAGGGACAAGUGGAACUGCAAUUUUGAGGUCAAUUUCAUAGUAGAUAUGGAGGAAUAUGAUGAUUAUGUGGAGUAUGUGCCUGUGGCUAAGCGUAGGGCCAUGGAGGCUCAGAAGAUUCUUCAGCGAAAAGGAAAAUCCUCCGCCACAGUUGAUGAUGAUUUAGAGAAAUCAAGAGUGGCUGAAGCUAAACCGAGUCUUUUGGUUAAGGUUUCACAGUUGAAACGGGAUCAACCUGAGAUUAGUCCAACAGAGCAGCUUGUCCAGCAAGAAAAAGAAAUGAUCGAGAACUUGUCAGAUCGAAAAACUCUGAUGUCUGUUCGGGAAUUGGCGAAGGGAAUCACCUAUACAGAUCCUUUGCCUACUGGAUGGAAACCACCUUUGCCAAUUAGAAGGAUGUCUAAAAAUUUAUGCGAUUUGAUUCGGAAGCAGUGGCAUAUAAUAGUUGAUGGUGAAGCCAUCCCACCCCCAAUUAAGAAUUUCAAGGAUAUGAGGUUUCCUGAGCCUAUUUUGAAGAAGUUGAAAGCAAAAGGUAUUGUUCAACCAACGCCUAUCCAAGUACAAGGCCUUCCUGUGAUCUUAUCCGGGAGGGAUAUGAUUGGAAUUGCAUUCACAGGAUCAGGGAAAACUCUAGUCUUUGUGUUGCCAAUGAUUAUGGUGGCACUGCAAGAGGAAAUUAUGAUGCCUAUUGUUCCAGGAGAAGGUCCGUUUGGUCUGAUUAUUUGCCCAUCAAGGGAACUAGCUAGACAGACUUAUGAAGUAGUUGAACAGUUCUUGAUACCUCUGAGAGAAGCUGGAUAUCCUGAGCUUAGGCCGUUGCUUUGUAUUGGUGGGGUAGAUAUGAGGUCACAGCUAGAAGUUGUGAAGAAGGGUGUUCACAUUGUUGUUGCCACCCCUGGGAGGUUAAAGGAUAUGUUAGCAAAGAAAAAAAUGAAUCUUGAUAAUUGCAGGUAUUUAACAUUAGAUGAGGCUGAUAGAUUGGUAGAUUUGGGAUUUGAAGAUGACAUUAGAGAAGUGUUUGAUCACUUCAAAGCUCAGAGGCAGACGCUCUUAUUUUCUGCCACUAUGCCGACCAAAAUUCAGAAUUUUGCUAGAAGUGCUCUAGUGAAACCGGUCAUUGUCAAUGUGGGGCGAGCAGGGGCAGCAAAUCUUGACGUAAUCCAGGAGGUAGAGUAUGUUAAGCAAGAGGCAAAAAUAGUGUAUCUCCUUGAGUGCCUGCAAAAAACCCCACCUCCAGUUUUAAUAUUCUGUGAGAAUAAGGCUGAUGUGGAUGACAUUCAUGAAUAUCUUCUCUUGAAAGGAGUGGAAGCGGUGGCUAUUCAUGGAGGCAAAGAUCAGGAAGAGAGAGAGUAUGCAAUUGCAGCCUUUAAGUCUGGAAAGAAAGACGUGUUGGUUGCAACUGAUGUUGCGUCCAAAGGAUUGGAUUUUCCUGAUAUUCAGCAUGUUAUUAACUAUGACAUGCCUGCUGAAAUUGAAAACUAUGUUCAUAGGAUUGGACGAACUGGACGAUGUGGCAAGACUGGCAUAGCAACAACGUUCAUUAACAAGAAUCAAACUGAGACAACCUUGCUUGACUUGAAACAUCUGCUGCAAGAAGCUAAACAGCGCAUUCCCCCAGUUUUAGCAGAGCUUAAUGAUCCAAUGGAAGAUAACGAGGAAAUCACAGAUAAAAGUGGGGUCAAGGGCUGUGCGUAUUGUGGUGGGCUUGGUCAUCGCAUUCGGGACUGCCCCAAAUUGGAACAUCAGAAGAGCAUGGCAAUUGCAAAUAAUAGAAGGGAUUAUUUUGGUUCUGGUGGAUACAGAGGAGAAAUAUGAAAAGCACCGCUUCAUCGUGUAUCAGUUUAUGUAUUGGAACUGCAACAUGAUUUUUGUCGGAUGAAAUUUUAUCAACUGUAUUUCAUAUCUUAAAUGUCCAUUGUUGUGCUUCAUUCAUCUGGACUGAUUGUCAUUUGUUCAUGCGGUCUUGAAAGAUUCACCCUAUAAUGACUUCCUGUUGCUGCACUUAUUUUUAUUCCCAUGUAGGUAAAUGGUCUCAGUUGGCUCGUUGCAA